CGGUGCGUGCAACGACUAACAGGGCUGUCCGGCACCCACGACCGACAAGUGAAGCUCACCUUUCGAGGUUUUACCCAGAAAACAAGAAAAAUUCGCUGUGGUCAAGAAGCAGAUAUUGGUGAGCUGUUCCGAUGGCCCCACUAUGGGGCUCCACUGGCUGGGGAGUGUCUGUCUGUGCAGGUGGUCAACUGCAGCCCUGUAUUCAGCCCUAGGCCUCUAGGGACCCUGGUGAUCUCCCUGCAGCAGCUACAGAAUACUGGGCAUUUGGUGCUACAGGAAGCCCUAGUGGAUGAGAAUCUUCGAGUGUCCCCGAUCCAGGUGGAGCUUGACCUGAAGUACCAGCCCCCAGAGGGUGCUACUGGAGCCUGGUCAGAAGAGGACUUUGGGGCACCCAUCCAGGACAGCUUGGAGUUAAUUAUCCCCAAUGUGGGCUUCCAGGAACUGGAGCCUGGGGAGGCCCAGCUGGAGCGGCGGGCAGUGGCUCUAGGCCGCAGGCUAGCUCGAAGCCUAGGCCAGCAGAACGAUGAGGAGAAUGAGCUGGAGCUUGAGCUGGAGCAGGACCUGGAUGAUGAGCCUGACGUCGAACUUUCUGGUGUUGUGUUCAGCCCCCUCAAGAGCCGCGCCAGGGCCCUGGCCCAUGGGGAUCCCUUCCAGGUGUCCAGAGCUCAAGACUUCCAGGUGGGAGUCACCGUGCUAGAGGCCCAGAAACUGGUCGGAGUCAACAUUAACCCCUAUGUGGCUGUGCAAGUGGGGGGGCAGCGCCGCGUGACCGCCACACAGCGUGGGACCAAUUGCCCCUUCUACAAUGAGUACUUCUUGUUCGAAUUUCAUGACACACGGCUUCGCCUCCAAGACUUGCUGCUGGAGAUCACGGCUUUCCAUUCGCAGACCCUCCCGUUUAUGGCCACCCGGAUAGGCACCUUCAGGAUGGACCUGGGCAUCGUCUUGGACCAGCCAGAUGGCCAAUUCUACCAAAGAUGGGCUCCGUUGCAUGAUCCGCGGGACACCCGCGCCGGGACCAAGGGCUUCGUUAAGGUCACCUUGUCCGUGAGGGCGCGCGGGGACCUGCCCCCUCCAGUGCUACCCCCGGCCCCAGAGCACUGUUCGGACAUUGAGAAGAACCUGCUCCUGCCGCGCGGAGUGCCAGCCGAGAGGCCGUGGGCGCGGCUCCGCGUGCGCCUGUACCGCGCCGAGGGGCUUUCCGCGCUGCGCCAGGGGCUGCUGGGCAGCCUGGCCCGCGCCCUGCACGACCAGCGCGUCCUGGUGGACCCCUAUGUGCGGGUGUCUUUCCUGGGGCAGGAGGGCGAGACGUCGGUGCGCGCCCAGGCGGCGGCGCCUGAGUGGAACGAGCAGCUGAGCUUCGUGGAGCUCUUCCCACCGCUGACGCGGAGCCUCCGCCUGCAGCUGCGGGACGACGCGCCCCUGGUAGACGCGGCCCUCGCUACGCACGUGCUGGACCUGAGGCGGAUCUCCCAUCCGGGCCGAGCAGCGGGGUUUAACCCUACUUUCGGCCCGGCCUGGGUGCCCCUCUAUGGCUCGCCCCCCGGCGCGGGGCUCCGGGAUGGUCUUCAAGGUCUCAACGAAGGCGUUGGCCAAGGCAUUUGGUUCCGCGGCCGCCUUCUGCUGGCUGUGUCCAUGCAGGUGUUGGAAGGGAGAGCUGAACCUGAGCCUCCCCAGGCCCAGCAGGGGUCCAGGUUGUCCCGGCUCACCCGAAAGAAGAAAAAGAAAGCCAGGCGGGAUCAGACCCCAAAGGGAGUUCCGCAGCACGUGGACGCCAGCCCCGGUGCUGAGGUGCCUGAGAUUCCCAAUGCCAUGGAGGUGGAGGUGGAGGAGCUACUGCCGCUGCCAGAGAAUGUCCUGGCGCCCUGUGAAGAUUUCCUGCUUUUCUGUGUGCUCUUCGAGGCCACCAUGAUCGACCCUGCCGUGGCCUCCCAGCCCAUCAGCUUCGAGAUCUCCAUUGGUCGCGCAGGCCGCCUGGAGGAGCAACUGGGCCGAGGGUCCAGGGCCGGGGAGGGAACUGAGGGUGCGUCAGCAGAGGCUCAGCCUCUGCUGGGAGCCAGGCCAGAGGAGGAGAAAGAGGAGGAGGAACUGGGGACCCCUGCUCAGUGGCCUGAGCCCAUGGACGGCAGCGGGCCAUACUUCUGCUUGCCCCUCCGUCACCGCAAGCCAUGCGUGCAUGUGUGGAGUCGCUGGGAGGACCACACCUGGCGCCUGCAGAGCAGCAACUGCGUGCACAAAGUGGCUGAGAGGCUGGACCAGGGGCUGCAGGAGGUUGAGAGACUGCACCGCAGGCCGGGGCCUGGCGCCUGUGCACAGCUCAAGCAGGCACUGGAAGAGCUGGUGGCUGGGAGCAGACAGUUUUGCCGCGGUGCCGAGCGCAGGACGAUGACCCGGCCCAAUGCCCUGGAUCGAUGCCGAGGGAAACUCCUGGUGCACAGCCUGAACCUUUUGGCUAAACAAGGACUGCGACUUCUACGCGGCCUGAGACGGGGCAACGUGCAAAAGAAGGUGGCAUUGGCCAAGAAGCUCCUGGCCAAACUGCGCUUUCUGGCUGAGGAGCCCCAGCCACCCCUCCCCGACGUGCUGGUCUGGAUGCUCAGUGGGCGGCGCCGCGUGGCCUGGGCCCGAAUCCGUGCCCAGGAUGUGCUGUUCUCUGUGGUCGAGGAGGAACGGGGCCGGGACUGUGGGAAGAUCCAGAGUCUAAUGCUCACGGCACCCGGGGCAGCCCCUGGUGAGGUCUGUGCCAAGCUGGAGCUCUUCCUGUGGCUCGGCCUGGGCAAGCAAGCCAAGGCCUGCACCUCUGAGUUGCCCCCGGAUUUGCUGCCCGAGCCCUUGGUCGGACUGCCCUCCAGCCUACACCGGGACGACUUUAGCUACUUCCAACUCCGGGCUCACUUGUACCAGGCCCGAGGUGUGCUGGCAGCAGACGACAGUGGCCUCUCGGACCCCUUUGCUCGAGUCCUCAUCUCUACCCAGUGCCAGACCACACGGGUCCUGGAGCAGACGCUGAGCCCUCUGUGGGAUGAACUCCUGGUAUUUGAGCAGUUGAUUGUGGACGGGAGGAGGGAGCAUCUGCAGGAGGAGCCUCCAUUAGUGAUCAUCAAUGUCUUUGACCACAAUAAGUUUGGCCCCCCUGUGUUCCUGGGCAGGGCACUGGCUGCCCCGAGGGUAAAGCUGAUGGAGGACCCAUACCAACGCCCAGAGCUUCAGUUCUUCCCCCUGAGGAAGGGACCACGGGCAGCCGGAGAGCUCAUUGCUGUCUUUGAACUCAUUGAACUGGACUACAGUGGCCGACUUGAGCCCUCAGUGCCCAGUGAUGUGGAGCCCCAGGAUCUGGCACCCCUGGUCGAGCCCCACUCUGGACGCCUGUCCCUUCCACCCAAUGUGUGCCCAGUGCUCAGGGAGUUCCGUAUUGAGGUGCUGUUCUGGGGUCUUAGGGGCCUUGGUCGUGUGCAUCUGUUCGAGGUGGAGCAGCCCCAGGUUGUACUGGAGGUGGCUGGGCAACGUGUGGAGUCUGAGGUCCUGGCCAGCUACCGUGAGAGCCCCAAUUUCACUGAGCUUGUCAGGCAUCUGACAGUGGACUUGCCGGAGCAGCCUUACCUGCAGCCCCCACUCAGCAUCCUGGUGAUUGAGCGCCGGGCCUUUGGCCGUACAGUCCUUGUGGGUUCCCACAUUGUCCCCCACAUGCUGCGAUUUAUAUUUCGGAGUCAUGAGGAUCCUCCUGAGGAGGAAGGAGAGAUGGAGGAGACAAGGGAUAUGAUGCCCAAGGGACCUCAAGGACAGAAGUCCCUGGAUCCCUUCUUGGCUGAAGCGGGUAUAUCCAGACAGCUCCUGAAGCCUCCUCUGAAGAAGCUCCCACUAGGAGGCCUCCUGAAUCAAGGCCCUGGACUGGAGGAGGACAUCCCAGAUCCGGAAGAGCUGGACUGGUGGUCCAAGUACUACACGUCACUGCAGGAGCUCCAGGGGCAGCACAACCUUGAUGAAGAUGAAAUGGAUGAUCCUGGAGAUUCAGAUGGGGUCAACCUCAUUUCUAUGGUUGGGGAGGCCCAAGACCAGGGUGAGGCUGAAGUCAAAGGCACUGUGUCCCGAAAAAAAGCAGUUGCCACCCUGAAGAUCUACAACAGGUCCCUGGAAGAAGAAUUUAACCACUUUGAAGACUGGCUGUAUGUAUUUCCUCUGUACCGAGGGCAAGGGGGCCAGGAUGCAGGUGGAGAAGAGGAAGGAUCUGGACACCUUGUGGGCAAGUUCAAGGGCUCCUUCCUCAUUUACCCUGAAUCAGAGGCAGUGUCAUUCUCUGAGCCCCAGAUCUCCCGGGGCAUCCCACAGAACCGGCCCAUCAAGCUCCUGGUCAGAGUGUAUGUUGUAAAGGCUACCAACCUGGCUCCUGCAGACCCCAAUGGCAAAGCAGACCCUUAUGUGGUGGUGAGCGCUGGCCGGGAGCGGCAGGACACCAAGGAACGCUACAUCCCCAAGCAGCUCAACCCCAUCUUUGGAGAGAUCCUGGAGCUAAGCAUCUCUCUCCCAGCUGAGACGGAGCUGACGGUGGCCAUAUUUGAUCAUGACCUCGUGGGUUCUGACGACCUCAUCGGGGAGACCCACAUUGAUCUGGAAAACCGAUUCUAUAGCCACCACAGAGCAAACUGUGGGCUGGCCUCCCAGUAUGACGUGGAUGGUUACAAUGCCUGGCGUGAUGCGUUCCGGCCUUCGCAGAUCCUGGCGGGGCUGUGCCAACGCUGUGGCCUCCCUGCCCCUGAAUACCGAGCCGGUGCUGUCAAGGUGGGCAGCAAAGUCUUUCUGACACCGCCGGAGACCCUGCCCCCAGGCAGCAGUGGCCCCAAGGUGAGUGGGGACCCUGAAGAGGCCCAGGCAUUGCUUGUGUUGAGGCGCUGGCAGGAAAUGCCGGGUUUUGGGAUCCAGCUGGUACCCGAGCAUGUAGAAACACGGCCUCUCUACCAUCCCCGUAGCCCCGGGCUGCUGCAGGUGCCACCUGCAGCUCCUGACUACGGCUCCUGUUGCUGGUCCCUGUGUCCCUGCUUGUCCUGGACCUCCAUCCUGGACCACACCCUCACCCCUGACCCUAGUCCUACAGGAUCCCCACCUCUGGGCACCAAGACUCAGGAUGUGCCCAGUGACUGUCAGUGGGCCAGGCCCAGGUCCCUCCUGUUUCCUGCAGCCUCUUUCAGGGCCCCGCUCGAGAGUCUGAAGCCACCCCCUAAUGUGCCCCACAGCUAUGAGCUCAGAGUUGUCAUCUGGAACACGGAAGAUGUGGUUCUGGAUGACGUGAAUCCACUCACCGGAGAGAUGUCGAGUGACAUCUAUGUGAAGAGCUGGGUGAAGGGGCUGGAGCAUGACAAGCAGGAGACAGAUGUUCACUUCAACUCCCUGACUGGGGAGGGGAACUUCAAUUGGCGCUUUGUGUUCCGCUUCGACUACCUGCCCACGGAGCGGGAGGUAAGCGUCCGGCGCCGGCCUGGACCCUUCGCCUUGGAGGAGGCCGAGUUUCGGCAGCCCGCAGUGCUGGUCCUGCAGGUCUGGGACUAUGACCGCAUCUCCGCCAACGACUUCCUUGGAUCCCUGGAGUUGCAGCUACCGGACAUGGUGCGUGGGGCCCGGGGCCCCGAGCUCUGCUCUGUGCGGCUGGCCCGUGAUGGGGCCGGGCCGAGAUGCAAUCUGUUUCGCUGCCGCCGCCUGCGAGGCUGGUGGCCGGUAGUGAAGCUGAAGGAGGCAGAGGACGUGGAGCGGGAGGCUCAGGAGGCUCAGGCCAGCAGGAAGAAGCGAAAGCAGAGGAGGAGGAAGGGCUGGCCAGAAGACCUGGAGUUCACAGACACGGGUGGCAACGUGUACAUCCUCACGGGCAAGGUAGAGGCAGAGUUUGAGCUGCUGACCGUGGAGGAGGCUGAGAAACGGCCGGUGGGGAAGGGGCGGAAGGAGCCAGAGCCUCUGGAGAAACCCAGCCGCCCCAAAACUUCCUUCAACUGGUUUGUGAACCCGCUGAAGACCUUUGUCUUCUUCAUCUGGCGCCGGUACUGGCGCAUCCUGGUGCUGCUGCUGCUACUGGCGCUGCUCAUCGUCUUCCUCCUCCUGGUCUUCUACACCAUCCCUGGCCAAAUCAGCCAGGUCAUCUUCCGUCCCCUCCACAAGUGACUCUCACUGACCUUGGACACUCACCCAGGGUGCCACCCCUUCAACGCCUGCUCCUGGAAGUCUUUCUUGCCAACGUGAGCUACCCGAGAGUCCAGCGCUUCCUCUGAAUAAACCUAUCACAGCCACUGA